CUUUUACUCGGGUGGGGUACACUUACCCCUAUUUGCUUUCUACAACCGAAUCGACCCCGAGCGCUUCUAUAGUCCUUCUCCACACGAAACCCGACCCCUCCAACCUACCCCACGAUGUCGGACGUUGAAGUAGAAUCAUACAUGCUCUCGUAGUUGCUUGAGCGUGGUAUAGAUAACUCAAUUCUUCUUAAAUCGAAUUAUUUCUUUCUUGUUUCCACCGUUAGUCCCAGUAGACCUCGCUCCGGCCGUUACCUACAUCCUUCUAUAGUCGCCAACACCCAGGGUACAUGAGAAGACUCGAGCCAAGAAAAUGCCCGAGAUCACAAUAACCGGCUUCCGGACCCGCGACGUGCGGUUUCCCACGUCUCUCGACAAGACCGGGUCCGAUGCCAUGAACGCCGCCGGCGACUACUCCUCCGCAUACUGCAUCUUAGAAACCGACUCCGAGUUCACCGGCCACGGAAUGACCUUCACAAUCGGCCGCGGCAACGACAUAGUCUGCGCCGCAAUAUCCUACCUAGGCGACCGCCUCAAAAACCGGACCCUCAGCUCCCUCGUAUCGAACUGGGGGCAAACAUGGCGGUACCUCGUAAACGACAGUCAGCUCCGAUGGAUCGGGCCGGAAAAGGGGGUGAUCCAUCUCGCCCUCGGGGCCGUCGUAAACGCAGUCUGGGACCUGUGGGCGAAAACGCUCGGAAAACCCGUGUGGCAGAUCGUCGCGGAAAUGACGCCGGAGGAAGUCGUGCGGUGUAUUGAUUUCCGCUACAUAACCGACGCGCUGACGCCCGAAGAAGCGCUGGCUCUGCUGAAGAAAUCGGAAGAGGGGAAAGCGAAGCGGUUCGCGGACGCGCUGGCGAGCAAGGCUGUGCCGGCGUACACGACGAGCGCGGGGUGGCUCGGGUACGGGGAGGAGAAGAUGCGAGAUUUACUGCGGGAGACGCUUGGGCACGGGUACAAGUACUUCAAGCUGAAGGUCGGGACGUCGGUGGAGCAGGACCGACGACGGCUGUCCAUUGCGCGGGAGAUCAUCGGGUACGAUUCGGGGAACGUGCUGAUGGUUGACGCGAACCAGAUCUGGAGCGUGCCGGACGCGAUUGCGCAUAUGAAGGAGCUGGCCGAGUUCAAGCCGUGGUUCAUCGAGGAGCCGACUUCGCCGGAUGAUAUCCUGGGCCAUAAGGCGGUGCGGGAGGCGUUGAAGCCGUUUGGGAUUGGGGUUGCGACGGGCGAGAUGUGUCAGAAUAGGGUUGUUUUUAAGCAGCUUAUUACGAGCGGGGCUAUUGAUGUUGUGCAGAUCGAUGCGUGUCGGCUUGGUGGCGUGAAUGAGGUUUUGGCGGUGCUGCUGAUGGCCGCGAAGUAUGGGGUCCCGGUUGUGCCGCACUCGGGGGGUGUUGGACUGCCUGAAUACACGCAGCACUUGAGCACGAUCGACUACGUUGUUGUCAGCGGGAAGCUGUCUGUUCUCGAGUACGUGGAUCAUCUACACGAGCACUUCUUGCAUCCGUCGGCGGUGAAGGAUGGUUACUACCAGACGCCGAUGAACCCCGGGUACAGCGUGGAGAUGAAGCCGGAGAGUAUGGACCGGUAUAGCUUCCCCGGUGAAGAGGGCGUGGGUUGGUGGAGAAGCGAGGAGGCUAGGGGAAUAUUGGAGGGGGAGAAGAUCUAGUCUUAAGUAUUUACAUUCAUCUGAGGGCAUAUCUCUUGGGGGGUAAUAUAUGUACGGCAAGGUAUCUGGGAUUACAUGAAGUAUUCAUGAGCAUCUACAUUAAGACGCAUUAAAAGGAGAAAUGAACA